CGGCCAAGGCACCCACUGGACGCUGGCAGCUCGCACGGUAAGCGAAUUCUGCUAAAGCUGACUUGUGGUGGUGCGCAAUUCCCAGGGCUGCUCUGGCCCAGAGCCCACCAGUCCCCUAGCUGGCAGCCUGUGUUCUGAGCCUCACCUGGACACAUCUGAGUGGAACAAGCCAUCUCCAUCCAACUGCAGCCAUGAAUUUCCUCCGGAGGCGUCUCUCUGACAGCAGCUUUGUGGCUAACUUGCCCAACGGCUACAUGACGGACCUGCAGCGCCCAGAGAGCUCCACCAGCUCCCCUGCCUCCCCGGCCAUGGAGAGAAGGCAUCCCCAGCCCCUGGCAGCCUCCUUCUCCUCUCCAGGAUCCAGUCUUUUCAGUUCCUUCUCCAGUGCCAUGAAGCAGACGCCGCAGGGCCCUUCAGGGCUGAUGGAGCCUCCUGUUCCCUCCACACCUGUUGUUCAAAGACCCAGGAUUCUGUUGGUGAUUGAUGAUGCCCACACAGACUGGUCGAAGUAUUUCCAUGGAAAGAAGGUGAAUGGAGAGAUUGAGAUCCGAGUUGAACAGGCAGAAUUCUCAGAGUUGAACCUGGCUGCCUAUGUUACUGGGGGCUGUAUGGUAGACACGCAGAUCGUGAGAAAUGGAACCAAAGUUGUGAGGUAA